AUGCCUCGAAUGAAGAAGAAAACAAAACAAACUAAGCAAAAUGAUUCGGCUGGAGCAGCUAAAUCCAGAAAGGAAAAGGCUCGAUUGCGAAUGCAAAAGUUAAGGUCAACUGAGACACCCAAAGAACAGACAAGGAGAAGAAAAAUAGACGCAAAACUUAAAGCCAAUAUCAGAUCUUGCGAGACUCCUGAUCAGGCGUUACAUCGCCGAAUAAAAAACACCCAACGAAUGGCCAUAAAAAGGGUUCGAGCAACUUCAAUUAAGAGUACACAAUUGAAAGUGCUGAAAGCACAGUCCAUAGUGCGACGGUGUUACUCUGUAAAAGAGAAACAGCGCCACUCGACUGUUAGGAUACUUCGCUCUCUUCGGGGUACAAACACAGCACAUUUCCGGACAAUGCCUCACCGCCCUCAGAUAAGGGAACAGUCUGAAGCUUUGGAGCAGUUGUUCGAAGAGACGAUGCUCUCUGUGGAUUGGCAGACAUGUUUCCAAUGUCAAAGGUCUGUCCUUAGCCAUAGGAAAAAACGCUGUGGGAAGCGUUGUAGCCAGUUUUCAGCUGUCAAUGACAUGGACCCGGGGCCAGUUCCGGAUGAACUGACUGGCUUGACUUAUCUUGAGCAGCAGCUGAUUGCGAGAGUGCAUCCUGUUGUCAGUGUCUACCGGAUCAAGGGACACCAACUAGGCUACAGCGGCAACGUCAUCAACUUCCCACAAGCGGUUGAGGAGUUUGCGGCAGUUCUGCCUCACCGUAUCACCAGCUUGUCUGCUGUGAUUGUUGUGCGGAUGAGGAACAGUGCCACUGACUACGUGGACUUCCAUGUUAGGGCCAGUAAGGUCAAGAAAGCCCUUAUGUGGCUCAAGCAGAAUAACCGAUAUUAUUUUGAUAUCACAAUAUCUGAUGAGAACAUGGCGUUACUGCCUGAGGAUGGGGACGCUUCAGCAUUUCUGCCUUCAUUUUUUGAUGCAUCAGAAGGGGAGUCAGAAAAUCAGGAUGCUUUGGAAAAUGAGGUAAUAGAAACUAGCGUUCCCAGUAUGACGACACCUCACCAGGAUGCCCAAGUUGCGGCUGUUCUGGAUUGGCCUCCCAUCGGCAGUAACCCAAUUGAGGAAUUCAGGACUCCGGGCUACAUUACACAAGCAUUUCCAGCAUUGUUCCCGACUGGAAAUGCAGAUUUAUCUAAUCCUCGAGAGAGUAAGAUUUCCCCAACUGAGUACUUCAAGCACCUCAUGCUCUUUCAUGACCACCGAUUUGCCAAUGAUCCUCGGUUCAGGUUUUUUGCCCUUAACUCGGAAAUGAGGUGGAGCGCCCUUAGAUCUGGCAAUUUGUUUGUACGGCGGCAUGAGGAGUUGAUUGGGAAAUCAAUCAAAGAUCUAAAAGAAAUGAUGAAGCGAGAUCCAUCCAUCGUGAAAAAAAUUAUGUUUUAUGCAAACAAGCUAAGAGGUACUCGGCCCUACUGGCGAGCUCGGCUGGGUGAGCUUCUCGACAUGGAAGCACAGCUUGGCCUGCCCACAGUGUUUUUAACACUGAGUGCCGCUGACCUUCACUGGCCAGAUAUUUCUCGAAUUUUUGGCAAUGUUGAGGCAACUGAUCUUGAAAGACGUCGACUUGUGGCAGAUAACCCACUUACGCCAAGUUGGUUCUUUUACGAAAGAACAGAAUUCUUUCUCGACCAAAUUCUCUCGAGGCAGCUUGGUGUGAAGGACUUCUGGCGACGAUACGAGUGGCAGCAUCGCGGAAGCCCACACAUCCACAUGCUUCUGUGGCUGAAGGAUGCGCCCGAUGUCACUCGACUAUCACAGAUGACAGAGGAGGAAUUAAAUCAGGUUGUUGGGUAUUUCGACAACCUGAUUUGUACCAUGAAUCCGGGGCUCAACACUCCACUUGCAGAAAUACAUCCAUGUCGGAAACGGUUGUUGGAAGUGGAAGACCGGCAAGUGGAUCUCUCAGAAUUGGUGAAUAAAGUACAGCGACACACCCGCUGCUCUACCAGUUAUUGUCUCCGAAAAAAUAAAAGGACAAACCAAUUAGAAUGCCGGUACAAAUUCCCAUUUGACCUCAGUGACAUAACCCACGUUUACACCAAUGAGAAGGGAGUCAUGGAACUUGUAACUAAGAGAAAUGACGCCCUUCUUAAUAAAUAUAACCCGUGGACGUUGCAGUUGUGGCGAGCCAACAUGGACAUCACGGCUGUCAUGUCCAAAGAUGCCUUCCUCAACUAUAUGGCAAAAUAUGCCAGUAAAUCGGAGGUCAAAUCUAAAACAAUGGCAGAAAUGUUUGAGAACAUUCUAACUAAAGUAGAUGACACUGAGCCCGCAAGGAAGGCUGUACAGAAGCUAUUGGUGCAAACUUGUAGCGAGAGAGACUUCUCAAGCCAAGAAGUUCUCCAUCUAACAACUGGGAAAAAACUAUUUUCUGCAUCAAGGGCUUUUGUAAAACUGAAUUUCGGAGGAGGAGAGUGGAUCCCUGCUAGAGUACAUCAAGAGCCGACAAGUGAACAUGUAGAUGAACACGUUAACACCUCUCUCAUAGAAAAGUACAUCAAACGUCCUCUGGAGUUAGAGAAUGUUUCACUAUGGGAUGUGGCAAGUUUAUUUGUUCCAAAGAGGCAAGGAGCGUGGACUCGUCGUCGUGCCCCAGCUAUUGUUAGCGUCUUCCCUCGAAGGAAGAUAACCUCUGAUCCUUCAUUGAGGGAGGCCUUCUUUCGACAGGAAGUGCUCCUUAAGGUCCCUUGGCGAGAUGAAAAUGUAGCAAAAGGUACUUUUCAGUCAUGGGAAGAAGCAUACAAUUUCCUCCAAGUUCAAGGAAAUCCAUCUCUGGAUAUUCCAAUUCCUGAUGACGACUAUGAAGAAAUUCCAGCGUCGCAGGAGGCAAUUCCUGGAGACGAAUGGAUUGCUGUAUCAAAAAAAAUGCCGAACGGAGGUGUUGAUCAAGUAGAGCCUGGGAGGCGCGAAAUUGAUGUUCAAUACAACUGGAACGCCUCAUCAGCAAUAUUUGAUGAUCCGGCUCUUCUCAGGAAGCAUUUGGAAUCCUGCAAACGACUUGACAUCGAAGUUCCGGAACAACAGUCCACUUCCAUAGAAUUGAAUGCAGAGCAGCGCCAGGUUUUGGCCAUUCUUGAUAGCCAAAUAAGUGCAGAGCUGCAUGGAUCCCCUAAUGAUGCCAUUCAGUUGGUUAUCAUACAAGGGAAAGCCGGGUGUGGCAAAAGUACAGUGAUUAAGACUAUGACAUCUCGCCUGAAAGAAACUCCUGGCCUGGGUAGUGCUAGCUAUCUGUUGCUCGCCCCCACAGGGUCUGCUGCCCUAAACAUCAACGGCAACACAAUUCACGCUGCUUUGAGCAUACCAGUCAGGACGUCAGGUUACAGACCUCUUGAGGGAGCUGCCAAGAAGAGAUUCCUUGAAGACAUGGAUAAGAUCCGUUUCAUCAUCAUCGAUGAGUAUUCGAUGAUAGGACUUUCACUUUUUGGGAUGAUAGAGCAAAGAUGUGCAGAAUCCAAGCCUCAGUGUAACUCUCAGAUUUUUGGAGGGAUUCGUAUCUACCUCAUAGGAGACAUCAGACAGCUACCCCCAGUUGCAAGCAAACCACUCUAUUCCCCAUCAGCGAAGAGUGAACUUGAAAUAAAAGGAGCAUUUGCUGUGUCUCAGUUCCAACAUGCUGUUGUCUUGACUCAGUCAAUGAGACAGACUGAUAACACCUUUAGGCAAGCCCUUGACGAGGUUGCCAGGGGUCGUUGCACGGUCGCAACAUAUGCAGUUUUCAGUAACCGCUUUUAUAUCAACUUGACAGAAGAAGAACGACGAAACUUCAACGAUGCCAUUCACAUAUUUUCCCUGAGAAUGACGGCUAAAGCUUUCAACCUAAACCGACUACUAGGCCUGCAUUCCCCAGUAGCUCGCAUCCCUGCUAAACACAACAACUUGGUGGCAAGUCAGGGAACUAGCGAUGACGCUGGAGGUCUCCAGAAGGUGAUCUACCUCGCGGAAGGAGCUUUAGUUGUGCUCAAGGCCAACUUGUGGGUGGCUUCUGGGCUCGUCAACGGCGCCAUCGGCGAAGUCGUGGCAAUUGUAUAUGAGUCUGGAAAAUCCACCCCAAAUGAUCUACCAAUAGCUGUCAUGGUGAAUUUCGCCAAUUAUUCUGGACCGAGGAUGCAGCGAGAUACAUUUCCGAUCUCUCCGAUAAUAAGAUCAUGGAAGAAAGGAAAUGCAACUUGCACAAGAGAGCAGAUUCCUUUGGAUUUGGCAUGGGCAUGCACAGUCCACCAAUCUCAAGGCCAAACAUACGACCGGGUUGUCGUGGACUUGGGGCGUACAGAGUUCACGAUCGGUCUCUCCUACGUUGCUCUCUCUCGCUGCAAGACGUUGGAUGGAUUGGCAAUCAAUCCACCAUUUAUCAGAAAGCGACUGGAUGAUUUGCAUCAUAAGAAUUCUUUGAAGGACAAACUGCAAGCAGAGGGUAACAUCAUGAAGAUGGCUCAGGGUUUGCCCUUUCGGUUGUCAUCAUUUAUACCUGUGAGGUGUCCACAACCACCUGCACCUGCUCCAUCCCCACCAUCUUUACCUGCUCCACAACCACCACCUGCACCUGCUCCACCACCACCACCUGCACCUGCUCCACCACCACCACCUGUACCUGCUCCACCACCACCACCUGCACCUGCUCCACCACCACCACCUGCACCUGCUCCAUCCCCACUUCACCGACCCAAGACUCCUGCUCCACCACAACCUUCUGCACUGCGGGAAGAGACAGUCAGAGUACACGAGGGAAUUGUGACCGUUGUCGUGAUGCCCGGCGACGGUCAUUGCCUUUUCUCGGCUGUCCUUCACCAGCUUGGACUCUCUUCCCCCAUUAACCCCAAUCAUAUGGAAUUCGUCAAAAAUUUACGAAAAAGGGUUGUGGAGUAUAUUCGUCAGCAGGACUUGCAUUCCGGCCUUUGGCGCGCACAGCUGGAGGACUCUAUAAGUGCCAACUUGACGAAAUAUCCAGCAGUGCGAAAUGGAGUUAUUGUUCCUUGGGAGGAAAGGUUGAAUUGCUUCCUGGAAAAUCUUUCUGUGGACGAGUGGGGUGGCACCGAAACCAUUGUGACCAUCGCUCAAUUGCACAAUAUAACACUUACAACAUAUUUCGAAGACGGUGGUGAUGGUUUUCGGUGUCAAAGGAUCAUCUCAGGGGGGGAGAGUGAUAGGGAAAUUGCUAUAGUGUACCGGCUCGCAGCUGUUAGGGGAUGUGCUGGCCCUGUGAGUCGAGUGCACUAUGACAGUUUAAUUUGUUUUAAUUAA